AUGGAUGAUGAAUUAAAUGUAACAUAUAUAACUCUUGGUGGGUAUGUCGAAGUGGACAAAUACAGAUAUGUUUAUUUUGUUAUUAUGUUCAUAGUAUAUUUGCUAAUAAUCUGCAGUAAUUCUACCAUUGUGUAUCUUAUCUGGGUUCACCAAAACCUCCACGAGCCAAUGUACAUUUUCAUUGCAGCUUUGUUAAUCAACUCUGUUCUUUUCAGCACUGCUGUCUACCCAAAGCUUUUAAUUGACUUUUUAUCUGAAAAACAAACCAUAUCUUAUUCAGCCUGUCUCUUUCAAUUUCACUUAUUUUACUCUUUAGGUGGUUCAGAGUUCUUACUGCUGGCAGCCAUGUCUUAUGACAGAUAUGUGUCUAUAUGUAAACCUCUGCAAUAUCACAGUAUUAUGAGAAAAAAAACUGUCAGUAUUUUCUUGGGUUUGGCUUGGAUUGUACCUGCUUCUCAGAUCGCUGUACCAGCUGGUUUGAGUGCCAAGGAAAAACUCUGUAGCUUUAUUUUAAAAGGAAUUUUUUGUAACAAUACAGUUUAUAAACUUCAGUGUGUAAUCUCAGGAGCACGUGUUGUACGAGAUAUGAUCAUACUCCUUAAUGUUGCACUUGUCCCUGUGCUUUUCAUACUUUUUACAUACACAAGGAUAUUUAUAAUAACCUAUCGAAGUAGUCGAGAAGUCAGAAAAAAAGCUGCACAGACCUGCUUACCUCAUCUGAUAAUUUUGAUAAACUUUUCCUGUUUGUGUGCAUAUGACGUCAUUAUAGUUGGACUGGAACCACAUUUUCCGAAAAUUGUGCAUUUAAUAAUGACUUUACAAGUUAUUUUGUAUCAUCCUCUGUUUAAUCCAAUCAUGUACGGACUAAAAAUGAAAGAAAUUUCUAAACACCUGAAAAGGUUGUUCUGCACAGCCAAAAAUAAUUGA